UAGUCAACUAUUAUAAUUUGUGUUUUGAUAUUUGGUGUGACAUUUCGGUGUGAUGUUUUCAUUAUGCAGGUGUUCCCUGUAAGUUAGGCUGGAAGAAGUUUGAUAUCAGCUGUUAUUUCAUUUCAACCAUGAAGAGGAACUGGACGGAAAGCAGAAAAUCCUGCAAGGCCCAGGGAACAGAUCUGGUGGUCAUAGAAAGCAGGGAGGAACAGGUAUUUGUUAACGGGGUCCUGAAGAAAGGCCAAAAUGCCUGGAUUGGUCUGACUGACAAACAAAAAGAGGGGACCUGGAUGUGGGUGGACGACACCCCAAUCACCACAAAGUUCUGGCAGAUCGGCCAGCCCAACAGCUACAGCGGGAACCAGGACUGUGCAGAAAUCGUGCAGGACACAUCAGUGGGGGAAUGGAACGACGACGGCUGUUUCGCUGAACAGAUCUGGAUCUGUGAGAAUUAAGAUCCCAAUGAUUUACACAGUUGACAAAGGCUGUAACCGCUGUGAUGCUUUAAUAGACAAAUCACAUGGCAAGAAGGAGGACAUACACAAAUGGGCUGUGCACCCAUUCUUCACUGAUAGGCUACAGUUUAACCAAAAUCAUUACAUUUGGUUUUUUUUUCAGCAAUAUACAAUUUUUCUUUUUACUUUUUGUGUUUUUUGACAUUUAAACUGAUGCAGAGAAUUGCUAAUAUUUUCAUUAAUGUAAUAUUUAGUUGAUGAUUUAUGUUUCUUGAUUGUACAAAAACUGAUUUUGCUCUCCUAUAAUAUUCUGUGGCCUUUGGCAUAGCUUGAGAAUCCGUGUGAUUAAUUAAUUAAGUAUGUAAAUGAAUGUAUAUUACAAACAAUACAUGCCUCAAAACACAUAAAUACAACAUUUGCAUAUGAUAUUAAUUAUUUACUCCUCCACCCUGUAUUGAUUAGAUGACACUGGUGAAAUACGCUCCGUAGCACAAACUAAUUUCCCUCUCUGUAUUUUCCCAUGGAAAUGUGCUGUUUGAAUUUGAGUUGUGUGAGCAAUUAGAUGGCAUAGCUGAAUUAAUUAUUCAUUCUCUUCCCUGGGAACUUAAAUGGCAACUAUCCCCUGAAUGUUUACAAUGAAUUCAGUCACAAGAAUUACACAAAGUUUUCCUACAAUAAUGGAGUAAAAACUUUUUCUGUGGAGGAUAACACAGAUAAUGCACUGAACUACACCAAGUAAGAUCUAACAGAUGAUACAGAUCGACAUGCAGUAAUGUGUAGGUUUGGUGUCUUGCUUUAUGAGGAUCUUUGCUGGAAAAUCUGGUUGUUGAAAUCACUUUUAUUUUCUACCCAGGUACUCAACUAUUUUUGUGUCGACAUGCAGAUGUCAUAAGCAGGUAAAAAUAAUCCCGUUUAGCUCCCACUCUGACAAAUCUGUUCACACUUGUUGGCCUACUCCCCUGCAUGAA